ACCCAGCGGAGCCCGGACGCGGCUUCUGCGAGCGCUGACGCAGAGCGUGGGGCGAGCGGGGUGGACAGCGAGCUACAAGUCCGGCAUGGACCUGCAGAGACCCGACUCCUACCAGGGGGGAGCUCGCCCGGACUUCCACGAGCACAUCUUGCAUAAGACCAUCCUGGUGGGCGACAGUGGCGUGGGGAAGACAUCUCUGCUUGUUCAGUUCGACCAGGGCAAGUUCAUCCCCGGCUCCUUCUCAGCAACUGUGGGCAUCGGAUUCACAGUGAUGCUCCUGGGGGAUUCAGGCGUCGGCAAAACCUGCUUCCUGAUCCAAUUCAAAGACGGGGCCUUCCUGUCCGGGACCUUCAUAGCCACCGUCGGCAUAGACUACAGGAACAAGGUGGUGACCGUGGAUGGUGUGCGGGUGAAGCUGCAGAUCUGGGACACUGCAGGGCAGGAGCGCUUCCGCAGCGUCACACACGCCUAUUACCGAGAUGCCCAGGCCCUGCUCCUGCUGUACGACAUCACCAACCAGUCAUCCUUCGACAACAUCCGGGCCUGGCUCACCGAGAUCCAUGAGUAUGCCCACAGGGAUGUGGUCAUCAUGUUGCUAGGCAAUAAGGCGGACGUGAGCAGUGAACGGGUGAUCCGCUCCGAAGACGGGGAGACGCUGGCCAGGCAGGAGUACGGAGUGCCAUUCAUGGAGACCAGCGCCAAGACGGGCAUGAACGUGGAGCUAGCCUUUCUAGCGAUUGCCAAGGAGCUGAAAUACCGGGCCCGGCAGCAGGCCGACGAACCCAGCUUCCAGAUCCGAGAUUACGUCGAGUCCCAGAAGAAGCGGUCUGGCUGCUGUGCCUUCCUGUGACAGCCAAUGGGCGGGGCGGGGCGGGGCGGCGGCUCGGGAGGCCCCCCGCAUGCAGCCCUCUUGGGGCACCCAGUCUGCUCCCCAGAGGCUGAGCGAUGGGGUUGAGAGCUGGGAGCCUGGGACCCAACCCCUUCCAAGAGCAAGCUUACCUCCGGCUCCUACCCUACUUCCUGUAGCUUCCCUGCCGCCGGGGGAGGGUAAAGGAGUUCUAGUUCACUUAAUGUAACAAGAUUUAAGACCGAAAGAGAGGGCGUGUCAGGGUCCCCAGAAGGCAGAGGCUGGGGCCUGGUUGGCCUCUGAGAUUUAGGACAGGUAAAGAGGCUGGGCCGGCCCCCGGGCUGUGACAAAGGUGUCAAUGCUCCAGCCCAACAGCAGGAGGCACCAGUGCACCGCUACUGGUACCUGGUACCCGGGGCGUGGCAGGUGACUGUCCAGAAAGAGGCUGUGCAGACCCCCAGCCCUCUGGUUUCUACCACCUCCCCAGGGAUCCGUCUUUCCCGGUAAGAUGAGCCUUGUACUGGAAGCAGGACCAGACUCAGGGAAGAGAAGCGAUGUGGUCUGAGAAGGCUCAGCUCCCUGGAAGGCAGGAAGAAAGGUGCCUGAGAUUCAAGUUUGUUGGGUGACCUCCUGGCCUUACUAACCUUGCCCCAUGCAGCAGACAAGCACCUGGGGGCACCUGGGGAAAUUUGGUUCCUCUUCUCUGGACGUCAGAUCCUAGGGAAGACGCUCCUACCUGAACUGCUCAUCUGACGCAUUUUUCUACCUUAUCCCCUGGGCAGACACCUAGGGUCAGAAAAGGGAUCAGGUUUGCUUCUUGUCCCAAACUGAUGGCAGCCACUCAACCCCACAGGGUGCUUUCCAAGCAACAGGGGUGCUUCAAGUAGUUAAGAGCCACAUUUUAAAAGGAAAUGCCUGGCCCCAGCUGCAGGUGAGAAGCAGGCUCCC